AUGUAUUCACUGACAUAUGGCAUUUCUGAUUUGACAGAUUUACAACCCGUAUAUGAUCCGCAGUGCUUUGGACCUGCAUUUCCUAGGUAUGAUCUGGAGAUCACGCUGGGAAACCUCACCCCGUCAACACCGGACAAUCCGGUGCACUUGGCAUGGUGGGCUCCGCAGAAGUCCCAGACAGCUUGGAAUCCCCAUGAAAACCUCGAAGGCUGCGCCGUGUACCGAGACAUGAACCAGGCGUAUCCGAACUUCACAGAGCCAAGCUUCAACGGCGGCAAUCUUGUCGUGAGCGGCUCUGGGAACGUCACCAUCCGAGUGCAGAAUCCUGCCACGUACUUCGUCACACACUGGAUCUCAGUGCCACACAUUCACCUGCGCCUCUGCAGCAACGACACUUUCGCACACACAACUCAAGAUGCCAUCAUCUUUGUGAAGAAUGGAGCCGAGCUUGUCGCCGGUGAGGGUGGCUCGUCGCUUCAGAUCUUGAACGUGAAGAACCACACCUGGACGGAUCGGCCCGGGACGGGCGAAGUCGAUGAUCCUGGCAUUGCUGGCGUCCUGGUCUGGAGAAGGGGGGGCACGACCACCACCUUGGCUCCGGGUCAGAUCCAGCAGCUCAUCGAGGACACCAUGGACCGGAUGAACCUGGAUGCUCUGGAGUUCUCGCCAAUCUACCAGUGCUUCGAGAAUGGACAGCUCUAUGACCACUUCGUCGCAGAUUGUACAAACUCCUGCGGAGCUGGCGCGGAGGUUUCGCACGGGCAGUGCGUGCGACCCGAGCGGUUCGUGGAGUCCAGCGUUGUCGGCGUCUGGCAGCUCAUGGCCACCUGCAAUGAGGCUUGCUGGAAGGAGUGGAAGAACGUGAGUCUUCACGACAACAGGCUUGCCUUGGCAGACCUGCUGGACAUUCCCUUUCAGGAGGUGAGCAGGGUCUCCAUGACCUUCCAUGCAGCAACUGGACGCCGGCUCAGCACUGACAAGUUGGCGACGCUUCAGAUCAUGGUCACGACGAAGCGCAUGGGCAAGAAUGACAUCAGUACGCUCAUGAGCACAUUCUUGAACGACCCUGCCGCCGCCGCAGAAUCCGAGCUGCUGUUAAAGGGUUUCGGAUUUUGA